UCAAAUGGGUGUGAUUGGGGAAGAGCUCACGGUGGUAGAGUUAUACAUAUUUUAUCUGAUUUCAAUGGGUACAGCUCAAAGGAGUAGAAGAAUUCUACGAUAUCAGUUUCUAUGGACAGGAGUGGAGAGUCGGGUGUUAAGACCAGAGAUGUUUUUUCAUCUUAUUUGGGAGAUUGAUAUCUCUCGGAGAUCUCAGGUGAGUCACUUGGUUUUAAAUGAGCUCAAUCUUUCAUAUCUGGAAAGGUUUAUAUCGGUAGCGAUCGUGGUGCAAAAGGGCAAAGGUUUACGGCUGGAGAAAUUAUUUCCGGUUGUAAUUUCAUUGGGUGAGUUUUGGUCAAUUGAUGAGGGAAAUUCAGAGGAAGUACAAAGAGUAAGCGAGCGGAGAGAGAUUCUAGAAGCCUUAUCAAGGUUUCUUUACUAUCUGAUAAAGGCUAGAAGAGCUAAGAUUUCACGGUGGGGUUUAAUGGUCAUAAUAGUGAUUGAUUUUUGCGGUUCCAUGAUUUACUUUGAAGGAGAUAUAGAUUUGAAGAUGGGUGUAUAUAAAUCAGUGUCACAGCCUGGUGGUAUUGCUCACCUCAUCUCAUUUUCAGCAAUUCAAAGCAUCAACGAUUUAUUUUUAGCCUUGGACUUCAUAAUUCUUGGGUUUUAUUGGUUGUAUCUUUUUCUUGGGUUUAUAUUAUUCUGGUUUCUUAUUGUUUUGGUGGAAGUGAUGCCUCAAAGCUCCAUGGUUAGUCAAGGAUCCCAUGGAAACAUCAUGAGCAACAUGGUUGGUCUUGGACUACGGAUCAAAGAGGUUUUCGGUUGAAAACGAUUGAGGAGAGAAGGUCAGGUGAAGGAGUUUUUAACAGAUGGUUUUCCGGUGAUAGGAGAAGGAGGGCGUUGAGUACUCUUCCAUGGGCUAUUGUGGGUGGUCGGAAUAUUUCUAAAAGUUAUGAUGUGGGUAGGUUGAUUUUGGAUUUUGAGUGUAUGGAGUGGAGUUUCAUUGGUUGUAACAAACGUUUUUACAAUAGUUUGAUUUCGGGUUUUUCAUGGUUGGAUGUGGAUACUUUAAGGGUAAGAAUAUCAAUGGUCAAUUGUAAUUUGGUUUCUCUAAGAAAUAAUCAAGGGAAUGAAGGGCAUAACCCGACGCACCAUGGCACGGUGAAGAGAUUAACAGGUGGACGCAACCCACUUAAUCGAAAGGUUGAUAAUAAAUGAAAGUUUUAAGUUGGAAUUGUCAAGGGUUAGGAAAUAAGGCAACAAUUGGGUAUCUUCGGGAUUUGUGGAAGCAACAUAGGCCGGAUUUUUUAUUUCUGUCGGAAACUAAACAAUCUUCUUCUUUUAUGGAAAAAUUUGUAGGUCACUUUGGUUAUAAAAAUUUAAAAACGGUGGAUCCUAUUGGUUGUAGUGGCGGUUUAGCCCUUUUUUUUAAUAAUGAUUAUCAUGUUUCGGUUUUA